AGGCUCAAGGAACGUCGCUGAGCCUUGAUCUCUGUCCACAUACCAGCACCUGCAUGGGAUCCUUUGACCGCUGUGCUAUUGUUAUUGACGUGCGUGAACAGUAUGAGUGGGAUGCUGGACAUGUAAGUUGUGCCACUCGCAUUCAAAUCCAAAAGAAUCCUACAAAUUGGAGACAGGAUGUGCUCGCUCUGGCCGGUGGAAACAAGGAGACACCCAUCGUGACGUACUGUGCAGCGGGAGUCAGGGCUCAAUCGGCAGUGGACAUGCUCGUUCAAGAGGGCUACACUGACGCUGUCAAUGGCGGUGGCUACAGCACCCAGCUGGAGUCAAUUUGUCAGGCAUGCUUUUCAACAAGUCGUGGCUCAGCUUCAACUUAGAAUCACGCAACAGGAAGCUCAGCUGUUCAGUCAAAUUCCAACCCGUUGAAAGUUCAGCAUCAAUUAGGGCCGCAGUCGGGGGCGUCCGGGGACUCUUGCAUGAACGUUUGAUUUUCUUUGAGAAGCUGAAGGAUUGCCUAUGGCCUAUGGUAUGAUAGAACUGAUGUAGUUGUCUGUGACGAUGACACGGAUUGCAGUGUCUUUUUUGGUUCAUUCAUUUUGAUUGCUUCGUUGUGAAUCUGACUCAAACAUCUUAAACAACAGUGCCAUUUGCUUGCUUGUGUGGAUCUUUGUCCUUUUGCUUUGGCUUCCUUGAAUCGCUUUUUCCCUUCAGUUUCCUGCAUGAACUUGGCUCCAAGUCUCAUUAGGUAUUCCUUCAUUUUGGGAAUGGAUGUAUGCUUGUUGUUGACCUGGAGGUGAAUCCACUUCAUCCUUUGAUUUGGCUGCAAGUUCCAGCUUUGCAGAUGACCUGACCUCCACAAGCACCGUGCCAUUGAUGACGUCUGGAGCAGCCGAGUUGCUGCUUUGCAAGAAACAUCCCAAGAUAUCCUACUGCAAGCGACGAAAGGAAGAAACCAGCAAUACGUCCAUCCUGGAAUCGACAAUAUUGAGGUUCACCAGCUUUCCCACUGUGUUGCUUCUAUCUUUGUUUUGUUUGAGGUGCAUUCGCGGCUUUCAUUGAACUUGCUUCUCUUGCUUGACACAAUUCUUUCCGAUCCGCUUAAUUUAUGCACUGCAGGCUUGCUCCUUGCAUGGCGGUAUUCAUUUGUAGACGAUGAAAGUGCGCAUGUGUGCAUGUGGCCCUUCAUGGCCCUUCUGGCCGAUUGCAGAAACUUUGCACCUUUCCAGGCUUGUUUUAACAGUUGGAAAGGAGGAAGGAGUACCAAGACGUGCUGCCGAUUGCCACCUAUGCGAUAGUGUUAGUUAGGAACGGUUGUAAAAGUACAACUUCUUCGCUUCGACCUAGUUUUUCAAUUCGCUCUGCGAAUGUAGAGCGUUUAGUGCGGGCUUGGCGAC